AUGUCGGGCGACAGCGACUGCACGAGGACGAGUCCGUCGGCCGGGUCCGUGUCAGACAUGGAGCUCCUGCCCGCUCGCCCCAAGUACGUGUGCACGCUGUCCCCCGAGCUCGUCACCAAGGCCCGGGAGGAGCUCCAAGAGAAGCCCGAGUGGAGGCUGCGCGACGUGCAAGCGCUCCGAGACAUGGUGUGUAAAGACUAUCCUUACCUGGGAACCUGCCUGGACGAUGCUUUUUUGCUAAGAUUCCUCAGAGCCAGGAAAUUCGACUACGAUCGAGCACUUCAGCUCCUGGUGAACUACCACACCUGCAGGAGGAGUUGGCCUGAGGUCUUCAACAACUUGAAGCCGUCUGCAAUAAAGCCAGUGCUGGAGUCUGGCUUUGUCACUGUGCUGCCUCACUUGGACCCUGAGGGACGUCAUGUUGUCUGCAUCCGCCCAGACAGAUGGACACCCAGUAAUUAUCCGAUUACUGAAAACAUUCGUGCCAUAUACUUAACGUUAGAAAAACUCAUUCAGUCCGAAGAGACCCAGGUGAAUGGAAUUGUAAUCCUGGCAGACUACAAUGGAGUCAGCUUAUCUAAGGCGUCUCAUUUUGGUCCUUUUGUAGCCAAAAAAGUGAUUGGAAUUCUUCAGGAUGGAUUCCCCAUUCGAAUAAAAGCUGUUAACAUAAUAAAUGAGCCUCGUAUAUUCAAAGGCAUUUUUGCAAUCAUCAAGCCUUUUCUGAAGGAAAAGAUAGCAAACCGGUUUUUCCUUCAUGGCUGUGAUCUGAAUUCCCUUCAUCAAAACAUUCCUCCAGUCAUCCUUCCUGAAGAGUACGGUGGUACUGCAGGAAAGCUGGACAUCUCAGCAUGGAAUGAGUUGCUGCUAGCCUCCGAGGAGGAUUUUCUCCAUGAUUUCUCGCAGCUGCUUCUCCCCUGUGACAGCUCUCCCCAUGGCACACUAGUGAGUGGGGAUGCUGAUGAAAAGCAAUGUGAUGAUUCUCUGCGAGGCAUGAAGCCUCAGCUCUAUUACUGUUAUUAACCAGCCAGUGAAGGGAGGCUUCCCAGCAUAGUUAAGACCUCUUGUACUCUGAUAAGUGAUGUUGUGAACUCUGCCUUACUCCUAAACCUGCAGGUUUAGGAACAGACUGCUGAGGCACUUUACACUGUCAAACCAAAGGAAGCUGAAGAGGGCACAGUGGGGGCAAGGCAGAGUUUGCAGAGGAGAGAGGCAAAGAGCACAUAGCUGCCAAGUUAUCUAGAAUACUUAAGGUUCAUUAGCCUCUGUGUGAAUGAUGCAAA